AUGACAGCACAUGUCACGGACAGGUUGUAUGCGGAAGGAGGGGAGGUGGGCCUUUGCUUUGCUUGGGUCAUGUUUUGGGCUACUUGCCACUUCGUAAUGGCAGUCCCUGCCGGCGUGCUGGAACGCGUAAUGGCCAAUGACCCUCAGGCGAAGCACGGUGGCCAGAGACAGCGCUCUGUCUAUUUGAGGCGACUCUGCCGCCGGCAGCUUUACUGUAUGCUGAGCUUGGUCGCUGCUGUCGGGCUGAUGAUCCGAUCACAGGACUUUCUGCUCGACUUCAGCUGGCUCCACCAGGUUGUGUUCAGUAUGGCCUUUGGGCAUUGGACUGUAAGUCUCUUGGAGGAUCUCAGUUGCAGCGGCUUUUUGGGUGGAGGACUGGACAGCAAGGCUCUUCCAGGAAUUCGAGAUCCUCUGACAGUUCUUUUCCAGGGCUUUCUGCUCCAUCAUUUGGCUGCUGCAGCGAUGUAUGCCGCGCUCCUUUGCCUCCACCGGCCGAGCUGCGUCGGAACUCUUGCACUCCUCUUCGAGUUGCCGGUACCGCUCUUGACUCGUCGAGAGCUCUCGCAGAUUUCGGGGCACCAAUCCACGUGGUCCAGGUGGAUGUCUCAACGGAGCUCCGUCAGCGAGCACUGGCGAUUCACGUACGGCUUCUUCGUGGUAGGUCGCGGGGCGCCAACUGCACUCUACGUGUACUCAUUGCUUUGGUUCCAAGACGAGCUCUCGAAGCUGCAGCUGGCCGACUUGUUGCUAUACCACAGUGCCUCCAUCUUCUUCAGUGUUUGGAACUACUCCUUCCUUUCAGUGCUUGAUGCAUGGUCCCGCGCGGAUAUGGCAGGUGCACCUCAGGACCUGUUGGAGGAGAAUGGAGACCUCGAGCGAUCGGAUGCGGAGCCUUCGGAACCGGAGGCCGAUCUCUUGACUUCGCAUGGCAUUAAUGUCAUGUGGGUCUUUGAUCUAAGUCGAAGUCAAGGUGCUGUGUGCGCGCUAGAGACAUCAGGGCAUCGCUAUACAACACGCGCCGCGCCGCCGCGUCUGCGGUGCUGUGCUGUUGCGCUGUGGGGCCUUCUGGAGAAGCAGAGCCGAGCGGUCCUGGGCGCUGUCGCGAGGCCUCUGCGCUUUAUGAAGUCGACGAGGACCUUUCUCCACCUCGUGGAGGCGCAGUUCCAUCCGUUGUCGCCGGUAAUGGGCUCAAGGACACCUCUGGGCUUAACCGCGAUCUCAUCGGACAGUGAAGAGAAGAUCCGAAAGGUGAAGCAAUACGUCGCUGGCCUCGCCGACUCGGCAACAUGCAGCUUCUCCGCAUGUGAUGACGACGAGGUACCGGCGACAGAGUGGAGCGAGGAGGUGGGCAAAGAGGGAAAUCCAGGAAGCCUCGGCCACCCGGAGUUUUGUCGUCGGCCGUGCCUUUUCUUCAUGGCAGGGCAGUGCCGCAACGAGCUCUCAUGCCACUUCUGCCAUGUGCCCCAUUCCCGUGCAGCGGCGGACAAGAUGCAGAGGAAUGGAGCCUCUGAUAGCCACGUUCAGAAAGGUGUUCCUUGCUCUGCAGGAACUUCGCAUGCGAACGGGGUGCCUCUCGGUUCCCUUCUGGAGACCAGCCUGGAUGAGUCGGUAGCAGGCUCGUUCUUCCACGGGCUUCGUGUUUGUCAGGCCCAAUGGUUCAAGAACAGGAGCCAGCCGGUUUCCGUUCUUGUUUACGAAGUGAAGUGUAUGAGGUCUGCGAAUUUAGCUCCUAUGGCGCCGAUUUUCCCGUUUCUGCGGGUUACGGCCUUGCUGGCACUUGGCCAUUUAAAAGAGGCGCCAGGUUCUGUCGUCGAAAGGGGAGAGCGGCUUCCUCUGGCGGCUGCACCCAGUUUCGCGCGCUGCCUCACCUUUCGAAACGUGGUAGCAGAUCUCGGCAGUAGGCUCGCCAUCGAAGGUGUUGUCUACGACCUCUCGCUUUGGAACGAACAUCCCGGAGGUGUAGAAGUGCUGCGGCAAGUCGCAGGCAAGGAUGCAACUGCAGAAUUUCGCCAGGUUUGCCCGGCCACCCACUCUUCUCUCGCGUCUGUGUCAAAAUACCAGGUUGGAGCUUUGAGACUACCCCCCCGAGAGUACCGCAUUUACGAGCAUCCAGUGGAGGAGGAUGCCAUGCGAAGGUUGCUGCUGUUUGCCCUGCCGAGCUUGGUGUUUGGUGUGAUCGGUUUGCAGGUUUUCCUCCAGCACCUUCAAGUGUUUUCGGAGGUUUCGAGGCCUGGUCCACUCUGUGGGCUUCUGGCUGCAGUCGGCGCUGCGGCCUUUGGUCUCGUCCUGCCCAUCAGUCGCCGCAUUGGUACCUCUGGCAGCACUGGCUGGUGUUGGCGUGCUCAUGCCAUCGCGCUCUGCUUCGUUGGCCUUUACGCGGUCAUUCCGGGCGCCGCCUCCUCCAGCUGGGCACUGCUCGGAGAAGCUGCACCCCAAGGUCUUGAAAGGAUCUCUAUGGGUCUUCUUGCUGUGGAGAUCUUGUUGUCGCCAGCCAUUAGCCCACCGGUGCUUCCCGUAUUUCUGUGCGUCCUCAGUUGGUACGAUCGAGGCCUGCAUUCUUCCCAUUUCUUCGAUGAAGGCGUCUACGUCCCGUGGCGUUGGUGUAUGGCCUGUGUGGGCUUCAUCGUGCUCACCGUGCGGCUGGCGGCGGGCCACGGCGCGGCCGUAAGGAGGGCCCUGAUCCUCAUGGCACUCUACGCCCCUGCCGGGGUUGGGGUGUACAUUGCGCUGCAGCCGGACUCCAGUGAACUGUUGCAGUUCUUUGCAUCACCUUUGAGAGCCGGUCUCCUCCUCUUCGCCAGCUUAGCCUCGCUGUUCGCGAUGUGUGGUGUGCUGGAUGUGGCCAUUCGCUGUUCGUCCCGCUUUGCCACACGCUGUGUAGCCUUCUGUUUCGCGGUCAUGAGCUUCGUUGCUUGCGGACUGUCCAGUUGGCGUUGGCUGAUGGCUGUGGCAGUGCUUCUGCACUUCCUGGAGCUCUCAAGGCAUCACCGCGCCGACUUGGAUAAGGCCGCCUUGGCCGGAGGAUUUGCGGAGCUGCCGUGGCACUUUUUGGGUGCACAGGCGCUUUGGGACACCAGUCGUGUCUCCUUCCUGGGCUCCAUCUGGAGGGCCACCGUGUGCAAUCUGCAGAAUGUGGUGACACUAAUCAUUCCCCAUGAGCUCCGCGUCUAUGCCUGCGAGGCACCAGUUCCAUACUACGGAGAGCAGGUGGCAAUGGGUCUGGCAGCACAGUAUGUGCCGCCAAAGGCACGUGGGAAAGACCCGCGCAGACCAAAUUUCUUUGUUUGCAACGUUGGUCAGAUUGUGGAGUCCUGCAUAACGGAUCUGCAGCACACUAUGAACACCCUCGUCGAUGUUUGGGGGGAGUUCCAUGAUCCCAAUCUUCCAGGUCUCUGUGCAAACGUGGUCAUGGUGAUCCCCAGCUCUGAUCAGGGCUGGGCCAAGGAAAUCAAUCUUUCGGUCUGGGAGUCCGGGAAGGAUGCCUUCGAUUGGUACGUGAAGAGCAAGGGGCAUAAGAAAGCCCUGAUGGAGCACACGUCUGGCAUCCUCCGCACGUUUGGCAAUCUUUUGGCUUCCCUCGAGCCUGCCGAGCCGAUCAAGUAUCAGGACAGAUGCCGACGAUGUGGGCGCACAGUCGAGGCUUCGCCAGGCCAGCCUGCACCUGCCGCCUGCCGUGUUUGCGGUGCCAGCACCUUCCGCUAUAACCUCUUCUGA